GUUCUUCAUUCGCAAUUUCAAGUCGCACUCAAUCAAUCUUCUUCUUUAUUCGUUCAGCUUCAACUUCAGCAGAUUUCACAUGCAUUCUUUUUUGUAGUUACCCCAACCAUGGUGGAUGACAAUCCCGAUUUGGAAGCAGCAGGUGGGCCAAAAAAGAUGACGUUCAAGAAGUUCAGUAUCCACGGAGUCGACUUGGAUGCUAUCCUCAACAUUUCCACAAAUGAGCUAGUCAAGCUCUUCACUGUGGCGGCUAGCACAAGGUUUCGAAGGGAUUUGACAAGAAAGCCAAUGGCUCUAAUCAAGAAGCUACGCAAACUGGUAAGGAUUCAGGUUACGUUCAUGGUGAUGGUGUGGAGGAUACUCGAGAAGAAAGACGAUGACUAGUUUUUCGUGGUUUCAUUGGGAUUAUAACAGGUUGUUAUGAGUUUAUUUGUUUCGGUUAUGUACUAUAUUAAGACCUUGGUUGUGCAAAGUUCAGGUGGUUAGUAAAAGCUUUAGCUUGUUUUAUUA